AAACUAUACGAACAUGAUGAAUUUUUCAAUGGUACCAGACUAUGCAGUCCAGGAAUUUGCUCCAGUCCCGAAAAUGUUCGCAUGAUUAUUGAUUGCUUCCGACGUCCUGAUGAGGGCUGCUAUUUUGUAUACACCUUGGAUCAAUGUUGCCCUACCGAACAGAUUUGUGAACCUUUCGACGAUGUCGCUACAUGCGAAUUUAAUGGUGAGAUAUACAAGGAAGGAGAAUAUUUCAAUUUCCAGGGAAACUGCCUUGAUUGCAUCUGUCAGAAGAAUUUCACAGGGGAGUUAGUUGAACCGUUUUGCAAAAGAAAGAAAUGCAAUAUCGAAGUAACCGAAGAUCCAAUUUCUGACAAAAGCGCCCCUGUUUAUUAUAACGAUGAGAUUCGUUGUUGCCCAACGCAAUUUAUUAUACCCUCAUACGCAACAAAUUUAAUUACAAUUCCAUCCGGAAAUACGAGUCAAGAAAAAUGUGAAUUUGGAAAUAAUAACUUCUAUAAUCUGGGCGAUAUCUUGUUUGUGAAAUACAUAAACCCUAAAAACUAUAUGAGUAUUGAACAAUCUGCAAUCUGCUCUUGCACUUUACCACCUCUGUUAACUUGUACUAUAGUUUAAAUUAAUAAACAACAAUUUGUGUUAAUUAUUAACUUAAAAUGCACUUUAUAAACUGAUAAUGAAUUAAAGCAAUAAAUAUAAAUAUUGAA